CAGUUGUUUAAAUUGUCUUGCCGGAACAAGUUGUUUUUCUCGUCUAAAUUCACUCACGCACUAUGAAGCUCUUUUUGGUUUUGUGCGUCUUCGGUAUUGUAAGCUUUGCUGCUGCCAAGCCUCAAGGACGAGGCUGCAUCUGGAUUAUGGGGAGAUGUUCGAGAGAGUGUCCGGAGGGCACUCACGGCUACUCGGUGGGGUGUGGGCAUUUGACUCCCGAAGCCACCUGUCAGAAUCCAGAACCUAAAGAGGACACCCGUGGACAAAUUUGCGACUACUCCGCUUGCUACUGUGACGCCCCCACGGUCCGGGACACAACCACCAACAAGUGUGUCCCCCUCGAAGACUGCCCCAAGCAUUAAUAAUAUACAACAGAUAUUGAUAUCAACAGAAAUUUAAUUCACAGAUACUUAAUAAAUCUACGGACAAUAACCACUAUUAUAACAUCAAACAUCAUUCAUAUUAUAACACCUUAAAAGUUUUUGAAAUAGCGUCUAUUUGCCAAGUUUUGUUGAAAUCCAUUAAAACGGAUUCAACCCUUCAUUUGCCACCCUAAGCGCGUGUGUGCACUGCAUCCGAUCUGUAUUCUUUCCGAAUCC